AUUUCAAUCAAAACGAUUUUUAUAUUAAUUAUUGUUCAAUUAUCCUCACAGGAGGGAACACCGCCGAUGUUAGGGUAAUUUAAUUAAAGGGUAAAUUCAGAUUUGAAUAAUUGAUUGUGAAGCAAUAAAGUACUUAAAACUGAAGCUGGACUCAACUCAAUCCAUCUCAAGAUAACUUCCUCUCGGAGUACAGUUUAUCUCAUUACACAAUUCUCCAUCUCAAAUAAAAAACAUAUAUCUUUAGUUCUUUAUUCGAAGUAAAGAAAAUCGAAAAACAAGCCCAGAAGCAAAGACCAGGCAGUUGAAAGGCACACAAAAGCUAGCUUAGCGGCCGUUGUUUCUUCACUACUUGCAUUUGCAUUUCCCCCCACUUACACAUAUAAAGAAUUGCAUUGGAUAACCCAAAUCGCAUUUUCUUUGGCUUCACAGCCACAAUUUAUCUUUCAUAAUUCCUACUCUUUUUUCUUCUUUUUUUUUUUUAUCUUUAUACAAAGGGUUUCUCUCUUUUUUUUCUUUCCUGAAACUCUCGUCACUGUUCUUCUUCUUCUCUCUCUGUUUCAGCUUUUUUCUUUUUUCCCUUUAAUGGUCUAAGAAUGAGAAACUAAAAGACGCUGCUAAAUUCUUCUUCUUCUUGUAGAAGUGAGAGAGAAAAUGAAUGGUAUAGCUUCUCGUUUUGAUUUCAAAGAUAUUCAAGAGAAGGUUUCUCUUCAUUUGAGACCAUGGCAUCGUUCAUUUCAAUUCUGGGUUCGAGCUGCUGAUAUUUAUACUGGCUACAAGGUGUUUCAAGUCCGGGUGAGUUUCGUGAAGGAUGUUCAAAAACAACAUGCAAUGUGGGAAAGACAGCAUGAGCUUGCUGCUGAUAAGAUUUAUGCUAUGUGUUCUGACCUUGGUGGGUUCUUCCUUAAGGUUGCUCAAAUUAUUGGGAAGCCAGACCUAGCCCCAGCUGCAUGGGUGAAAAAGCUUGUUACUUUGUGUGAUCAAGCCCCUGCAACACCAUUUGAUGGUGUUCAACGUGUUUUAGAGAAGGAGUUGGGUCAAAGUAUUAGUGGAAUUUUUGAAAAGUUUGAUGUAAAUCCUCUUGGCUCGGCUUCAAUUGCACAGGUUCAUCGAGCAAGACUCAGAGGCGAUAAGAAUGAUGUUGUUGUUAAGGUUCAACAUCCCGGAAUCCAAGAACUGAUGAUGACUGACAUCCGUAACUUGCAAGCAUUUGCAUUGUACAUGCAAAAGACAGAUAUCAAAUUCGAUUUGUAUUCUGUUACCAAAGAAAUGGAAACACAGAUUGGGUAUGAAUUUGAUUUUCUAAGAGAAGCCAAUGCUAUGGAGAGGAUUCACCGUUUCUUAUAUGAGAAUAACAGAAAAUCUCCAGUUCUAGUUCCGAGAGUGGUUCAGAAUUUGGCUUCAAGGAGGGUCUUAGUGAUGGAAUAUAUCGAUGGAAUCCCGAUCCUGAAACUCGGUGAUGAAAUGGCUAAAAGAGGGAUUAAUCCUGGUGGUAAGAUGGCAGCAGCAGCAAAGCAGAACAUACUUAAAAGUUUGACACUAGCAUAUGGACAGAUGAUACUAAAGAGCGGUUUCUUCCAUGCAGAUCCCCAUCCCGGGAAUAUAUUGAUCUGUAAAGGUUCAGAGGUUGCCUUACUGGACUACGGGCAAGUGAAGGAUCUGCCUGACCAAUUGAGGCUCGGAUAUGCUAAUUUGGUUCUAGCCAUAGCCGAUAAUGAUCCUGUAAAAGCAAUGGAAAGUUAUAGAGAACUCGGCAUAGGUACUGUAAGCAACUGUGGGAAUGAACAACAGGAACUGCUUCGCUUGGCCCAAACAAUGUUUGAUACGAAACUACCUCCCGGAGUGGCAAUGCUGCAACCUUUCUCCGAAGAUUCUUCAAUAAAGAAAAUCGCUGUAGAGUCUUUCCCCGAGGAACUCUUCUCAAUUCUUCGUACAGUACAUCUUCUGAGAGGACUUAGUGUUGGUCUUGGAAUUAACUUCUCGUGUGCAGAGCAAUGGAGGCCUAUUGCAGAAGAGGCUUUGUAUAAUGCUGGAAGGUUAAAAGGUGCCAAUAGAAAGAGUAGAGUACGAAAGCCGAGUUCUUUCAGGAGAUUUUUCUGGAGAAAUUGAUCGGAAGUUGUACAAAAAGAUUAGCAGGAAUCAAAGCAUUAAGACCGAUAUACGAAAUCCGGGUUCUUUUGGGAGAUUUUUUCCAGAGAGCUUGAUUGGCAACCUGAAGAAAAGGUAGGGCUUAAACCAGUCUAUAUGAAUACCAGGUUGCUGUAUAUAUAGAGAGAGAGAGAUUACAAGCUUGUUUAUGGACUGAUUUAACUGUUUCUUAUUUUCUUUUUCGAUUUCAAUUUUUGAAAUUCAAUUCAUUUGUAACAAAUACAUUCAUCUUUAUGCUUUUGGUCAGAGAAUAUACAUUCAUUUGGCA